UGUGUAUAUGUAAUUGGGGCUGUUGAGACAACCGCUGGGCCCGGGUAAGAAGGAGGUGUUGCCAAAUUGGGGAGGUGUGACCACACUACCCACCUGGAAAAAAAAUCAAUCUAAAAAGUACUGUGAAGCAGUGCAGCCAGGCCCAUCCAAAAGACCUGGGUAAUUAGUAUCCACUAUCUCCUCUCUGAGUCCCUUUGCGUGGCCCCGGCCAUGGACACCUGGAGAUCUGUGUUUAAUAGGCCCGAGGGAAAGAGGGCGGUGUAAUAAAUAUAAUAGAUGGCAAAUUUGCCGCAUCGCUUGUGCAUGUAAUAUUCCAGGAAGUAUAAAAGAAAAUUGCAUGCAAUUAGGUUCCUCCGCAGUAUAAUUAUAGUAGCCCAGUUGGCUGCAGUUUCCCUCCCAUUCACAGCCCUGCAAUGGGUGUCUUUCCUCCCCUUGUCUUGUGCACAUAUUUACACUUCUGUGAUUCCAUAGAUUAGCUGUCCCCUCCCAGCACUGCCUGACGUACACCUGCCUCUUAAUAUAUACCUCUCGCUGCCUGUGUCAGGCUGUCAGGGUCUGUCACCCAGAGCAGAGGUAACAUGUCUGGAGUCGCAGCAAAACUGUCUAAGGACAGGGCUGUAGCCGAGGGGCUUGGCACCAACAGCAAACCAGUGAAGUUCUGCGAUCAGGACUUCGAGGAACUCCGGGCACAAUGCCUGUCUUCUAGAGUUCUCUUCAAAGACGACCACUUUCCUGCCUGCGUCUCAACCCUGGGCUACAAUGAUCUGGGACCCCAUUCUCCGAAAACCCAAGGGAUUGUAUGGAAGAGACCCACGGAUCUCUGCCCAAACCCCCAGUUCAUUGUCGAUGGAGCAACGCGUUUCGACAUCUGCCAGGGCGCGCUCGGGGACUGCUGGCUCUUAGCUGCUAUUGCGUCUCUUACAUUGGACAAGGACAUCUUGGCCCGAGUUGUCCCACAAGACCAGAGUUUUCAGAGUAACUAUGCAGGAAUCUUUCACUUCCAGUUCUGGCAGUUCGGUGAGUGGAUGGAUGUUGUCGUGGAUGAUCGGCUGCCUACAAAAGAUGGAAAGUUGGUGUUCGUGCACUCGGCAGAGGGCGAUGAGUUCUGGAGCUCGCUGCUGGAAAAGGCCUACGCCAAGCUAAAUGGAACCUAUGAAGCUUUGACUGGUGGAAGCACAAUUGAGGGAUUUGAGGACUUCACCGGCGGAAUCUCGGAGCUGUAUGAGCUGAAUAAAGCCCCGGCUGAUCUCUUCCUGAUUAUACAGAAAGCGCUGAAGGCAGAAUCGCUGCUCGGAUGUUCCAUCGAUAUCACGAAUGCCUACGACACGGAAGCCAUCACGAGCCGGAAGCUGGUGAAGGGGCACGCGUAUUCCGUCACUGGAGCGGAAGAGGUGGCCUGCCGGGGUCGAAGAGAGCAGCUGGUCAGAAUUAGGAAUCCUUGGGGAGAAGUGGAAUGGACUGGACCCUGGAGUGAUGAUUCCUCAGAAUGGAAUUCGGUCGAUCCCCAGGUAAAGGCAUCUCUGGACAGACAGUCAGAUGAUGGAGAAUUCUGGAUGGCCUAUUCAGACUUUAUAAGAGAAUACUCCAAGCUAGAGAUCUGUAACCUAACUCCUGACACCUUGACUGGCAAUGAGCAGCAUAAGUGGAAUAUAACUCUGUUUAAUAGCAGCUGGGUUCGUGGGUCCACAGCAGGCGGGUGCCUGAACUACCCAGGAACAUUCUGGACCAACCCCCAGUUCCACAUAAAAUUGGAAGAACCAGACCAUGACCAUGAUGGAUCCUCUCAUGAACCCUGCUGUACGGUGAUUGUAGGCCUCAUGCAGAAGAAUCGGAGACAAAAGAAGAAAUUUGGAGAGGACUUGUUGACCAUUGGCUACACUUUGUACGGGCUUCCUGAUGAGCUUCGGAACCAAACAGAUGUCCACCUCAACAGAGAUUUUUUCCAGAGGAGUCAUUCAGUCGCACGUUCUGAUACCUACAUCAACACGCGAGAGGUCUCCAAACGUCUGAGGUUACCGGUCGGCGAUUAUCUGAUUGUACCAUCCACUUUUGAACCUUUGAAGGCUGGUGACUUCUGCCUGCGCAUCUUCUCGGAAAAAGCCACCAAAUCUUUGGAAGUCGGCGACGUGGCGAAAGCUGAUCCCUAUGAGCCCCAGAUAACGGACCGGGAUGUGCCGGAAGACUUCAGGAAUAUUUUCCAUAGACUGGCUGGAGAUAAAGGAGAGGUCACUGCGAAGGAUAUUCAGACCAUACUGAACAGAAUUCUAGCAAAGAGAACAGACUUGAAAUCAGACGGUUUUAGCCUGCCUACUUGCCGAGAAAUGGUCUCCCUCAUGGAUAUGGUCGGAACUGGGACGCUGGGUCUUUUAGAAUUCAAUAUUCUCUGGAUAAAGAUACAGAAAUAUCUGGAAAUCUUCAAGAGGAGGGAUGAAGAAAGAUCCGGAACCAUAGAUGCACAUGAAAUGAGGUUGGCUUUGCAAGAUGCAGGUUUUUCUCUGAACAACAAGAUCCAGCAGUGCAUUACGUGGCGCUACUCGUCCGAUGACCUGACCAUUCACUUUGAUGGUUUCGUCGCCUGCAUGAUCCGUUUGGAGACCUUAUUCAAAAUGUUUAUAGGUUUGGACAAGUAUCAUAGUGGAAGGAUCACCCUCAACUUACAGGAGUUGCUCCAUGCUUCGUUGGUCUAGAAGUGGACAUGUAUGGGACCAGUCAGAGCCGGAUCAAGGCUAUGGGGGCCCGGGGCACUUUAGACAGGGUGGCCUCUAUUAAAGAGGAAGGCAGAUGAAUUAAAUCUCUAUCUAUCUAUCUAUCUAUCUAUCUAUCUAUCUAUCUAUCUAUCUAUCUAUCUAUCUAUCUAUCUAUCUAUCGCAUAUUAGUAUCCUGUAGAAAGGAAGAGGUGACACUCCUCAGACAUUUAAGUUAGUUUUAAACCUGUAGUAAUAGUUACCAACGUUUCAAUAGCUCUGUCGGUCUUUUCCUCAGGGUACAGAUUUACAAUUUAAAAGUCGGAGUGCAGCUUCACCAAAAUAUAUAAUUUUAAAAUUGCCACGGCACACCAUUGGCCCCCACAGUAAUUAAACACACUGGCUCCCAUAGUAAUUAUGCACUGUAUAUAAGGGUUCCUGGGGUUAUGAAUGGAGUGUGAGGACGGGCUCCUUCCAUUAGUCCCAGUACUGGUCUUUAGUGCCUUAGCUUAGCUAAUCAGUGCCUACACCAGCAUGGGUGUGUUAGAGGGUGGUCAGCCUGAACGUGGAGUCUCUCUCAUUACCUGGGCAGCAAACUGCUGACUUGCAGAGAGACACCAUUACUGUUUGAAGUGAGUGCUGUACUGAAUUGCUUUUUGGUAAGGUGGACAGUAGGUCCGUCUCACACAUAUAGACGAAACUUUCUGUAUAGUCAGAGCCGGGCAGGCUAGGAUUUAUGUUUUAUUUUUUUACUUUUGCUGCAAAUAAAAAUA